GGUUGUUGUUGUUGUUGUUGUUGUUAUGUGGCAUAUGUUGACACGCGUUCACGGUUACUAAGGAAGCAAAAGACGAUCACCAGAAAAAGAAAGCAGGUCACAGAGAGCCACCUUUGCUCUGCUGGAGGCUGUGGGGAGGCUGUGGGGAGGCCGGUGUUUGCUGGCGUGACCUGAGAUCCCUUGUCAUAUGGGUGGGGUGAGGGGUCACCAGGCGGGACUGGGAGCCGCGGAAGGCAACAGAGUGAGGAGGCGACACAUUGUACGGAGUUGGGGAUACAAUGUGACGCGCCUCUCCUCCCGGACACUCCGCGCAGGAAGUAAAUAGUGUAAGCUGCACCUUAUGGACUGAUCCAGGGCAGUACAAGGCAGCCUGGAGAUCCUCUUCAGGCCUGGUCACAGCAAAAGACGCUAACCAGUUAUGAUCAAAGUCUGAAAGCCCAGUAAGAACAGCCAUGUCUUUAGAUAAAAUCCGCAUUGACUCCACUGAGCUGAUUGAGAAGAAGCCCCUAGACGCUGGAGGCUUUGGAAUGGUCUCGCUGUGUUUCAGCAAGAAUCAUGGACUUGUUGUUCUCAAAACCGUGUACACAGGACCACAGCGAACAGAAUUCAAUUCUUCCCUCCUGGAGGAAGGAAAAAUGAUGCACAGGUUGAAUCAUGAUCGGGUUAUAAAGCUGAUCGGAGUUAUUUUGGAAGAAGGCAAUUACUCACUUGUCAUGGAAUUCAUGGAAAAUGGGAAUUUGCUACAGCUUUUAAAAUGUGUGUCUGUGCCAUUAUCUGUGAAAGGAAGGAUAACUUUGGAAAUUAUUGAAGGAAUGGCUUAUCUAAAUGAACAGCAAAUUGUGCACAAAGAUCUGAAACCUGAAAACAUCUUGGUGGAUGCAGAUUAUCACAUCAAGAUCGCAGAUCUUGGUGUAGCAACUUUUAAAACCUGGAGCAGGCUGACGGAAGAGCAAAACCGAAGGUCCAAUUUAGGCAUCCAGCCCAAGAACAAUGCGGGUACUCUCUGCUACCUGGCUCCCGAGCACCUGCAAUCGCUGAAUACCAAACCCACGGAGAAAUCUGAUGUCUACAGUUUCUCAAUCGUGGUCUGGGUCAUCAUGACCAAUAAGGAACCAUAUGAAAAUGCAGUAAAUGACACUCAGAUCUAUCAUCUAGUCCUUAAUGGAGAUCGUCCCGAUGUAAACGAGCUUCCUAAUGAGGCACCAGAGGAGAUUGUAAACUUAAUGCAACAGUGCUGGGAAAACAAGCCUGAGAGCAGGCCAACCUUUAAAGAAUGUAAUCAUAAAUUAAGGCCAUUCUAUGAAGAAAAGCUAAGUGAAGACAUUACUACAGAUAUAGAAACAUUAAGAGAAUUAACCCGGGUGAAGCCAACUGCUCCAAGAGAACUGGUUAAAAGAAUGCAGUCUCUUCAAAUGGAUAGUAAUGCAGAACUGCCAAGCCAUGCUACAAAAGAUGAUCCAAAUUCCUUACAUAGCUCACAAGGAAACGCUGCCAGUGGCCACAUUGCGGAGGACUCAUUCGCUCCAGCAAAAUUGAACGAGCCUUCUGAGGAAGAGUAUAACAGCCAAGCUUUACCUCCUCUCUUGAGGAAGCUGGAUGAUGAAUACAAUUACCACAUGUACGGCAGCCGUCUAGACAACGUGUGCUCACAAUAUCCUGAGAGCCAAUUCAAUCAGAUCAUGGAGGAAAGAAGCAGGAGAGUUUCAAAUGAACCCGUGUUCACAAACCAGUUUUCUGCUAAAAUGUUCCACACCAACCUUUUGGCAGGGUUACACAGUGCUCCAAUGUCUUCUAGCACCCAGAAUUUGGGGGCUCACCCUGAUCUUUACCAGGGGGCAGCCACUUAUGACAGCCUUUGUAAACCAGCCAAGGAGGAGACCAGCGCGUAUGCAACUAAAACAAGCCCAGUAGGUAUCCCUAUGACACAGGGGGAGAUUGCACAAAGAGGUCUGGGCACCAUUCCCAUUUCAGAAACUGGUAGCCUGCAUGUUGAACGGCAAUUGAGGACUCCCCUAUGGCAGGAGCAUACAAGACCAGGGAAUGUUGCUUGGAAUACUGCAAACACCAUUGGAUCUGACUCUAACUUGAACUUUGUUGACCCAGAAUCAACAUCAAGAAUCUUUGUAUCAAACACCAAGACUGUUCAGAUCGGUUCCAAUAACGUUCUGAAUAUUGAAAAACAGGUUUUCAACAAGAAAAAGAAGAAAAAUUCUGCAGUGCCAAAUGCACCUCAAAGAGCGGAACACUUGGAAAUUUUUAAUGACCGGAGCCCAGUUAAAGAUUCUCAUCUUGACCUCUUGCGCUCAGAGCUCGGGAAAGAUUGGAAACACUGCGCUCGAAAGCUUGGCUUCAGGGAGUCGGAAAUUGAUGAAAUUGAUCAUGACUACGAGAGGGACGGACUGAAGGAGAAAGUUUACCAAAUGUUGCACAAGUGGCAGAUGAAAGAAGGUGGAAAAGGCGCUACUGUCAACAAACUGGCUCAAGCCCUCCAAUCCUGCAAGAGGUUUGACCUAACUCUCAGUCUGCAGAACUGUGCCUAGGGCUUUGCCCAGUUUUCAAUGAGAGGACCACUGCUAUCUGGAUCUGUGGGCACACACAAGACAUGCACAAGUGUUAACCACUUUAAAAUCCCUGGUUACAUGCAUUACGUGUGAUAGUAUUCAGCUAACAAAUCUUUUUAACUUCUGGAACAGUAAAGAGUUCUCUGGCUGCUCAAUCUGGAGCUACCAGAUUUGGAGUUUUAGCGGCUGUUGCAUCUGUCAAGGACAUGACAAUCAUUUGUCCUGUGCAGCCAAUUGGCUUGGUCAUUCCCUUUGGUAUGGAGUACAAAGGAACGCUGUAUGUUUUGUCCCAAUUUAUGUUUUGUGAAGGGAUAGCAGCAGCCUCCCAUGCUUCUGGAGAUUACUACGUUUAUUACCGAUAUCUUUAGAAGAACAUCCGUUACUCCACAAGGGUUAUAUGUUUGCACUUUCCAUACCAAGAGUGGGAUCGCCAAUGUUAUAUUGAACUCUGGUUAGUUCUCUGGAUCUGGUCUAAGUCUGUCCCAAUUUCAGUUAACGCCAGCAGGACCCAACACUGCCUUUUGUAUCAAGUAUAUUUUUUAAAUUAUAAAACCUAGAAUAUGGGUAAAGAGUACAACAACCACAAAUUGCAUUUAUAGAACACCUUUCACGUCGGCAGAAUGUCCCAAUGUGCUGAAAUGCUGAAAACAAACAUAAUGUAAGCGUUUCAUGUGCUACCUAAAGUGUUUAGUGCUACCUAAAAUUGGCAUCUAUCUCACAUCAGCAAACCAUGUGGUUACAGGGAGAUAACACCACUGUCUUUGUAAUGUGGCAAAAUAAAUAAAAAUAUGCAAUGCG